AGUCCUCAUUCUGCGCUUUCCACAGUAUGGCCGGUGAUAUUAGCUAGCAGUCGCUCUACAGUAUUCUCUGUAAAAGGGAAGACGGUAAAACCAAGAAAUUACACCUGGAUUGCUAAAGGACUGUACUUAAUAAAUUAUAACGAUCAAGCAAGGACAAGCUAAUUAAGUUGAAAACGUAACCUACAUUUAAUUUCUGUUAUUGGUGUCUGCUGUGCCACGAUGGAAGAGAACGGUGCACACUUCUUCGAGGGAACCGAGAAGCUGUUGGAGGUGUGGUUCUCCCGGCAAGAUGAGAAUAAAGGAACAGGGGACCUCCGUACCAUCCCAAGGUUUGAGUGGGACAAACUUCUGGAGAAUGUGCACUGUUUGAUCAUAAGUGUGACGAAGACCGACAAGCAGGAAGCUUAUAUACUCAGUGAGAGUAGCAUGUUUGUCUCCAAGAGACGUUUCAUUUUGAAGACAUGUGGAACCACCCUCUUACUGCAAGCACUGAUGCCUCUGCUGGAACUGGCCAGAGAGUACUGUGGCUUUGAUGCCAUCGAGGAUAGGUCCGAGGUUCUAACUCCAUCUCCUCACUACCUACAGAAUUUCUUCUAUUCUCGUAAGAACUUCAUGAAGCCCACCCAUCAGGAGUUCCCUCAUCGGAACUUCCAGGAGGAAGUGGAAUUUCUCAGCCAGAUUUUCCCAAGAGACAAGAGUAUGAGACAUGGGCACAUGAGAGAAAGAAAUGACAUGCGGUUCUCUUUUCCAGACGGAGCAGCGUACUGCAUGGGACGUUUGAACUCUGAUUGCUGGUACCUGUUUACUCUGGAUUUGCCAGAGUUCUGGGAGAACGAGCAUGCGGAUCAGACUCUGGAAGUUCUGAUGAGUGACCUUGAGCCAGCAAUUAUGGACCAGUUCUUCAUGAAAGACGGUGUUUCUGCAAAUGAUGUCACUCGUAUGAGUGGAAUUCGUGACCUGAUACCAGGUUCUGUGAUUGACGCCACAAUGUUCAACCCUUGUGGCUACUCAAUGAAUGGAAUGAAGACUGAUGGAACUUACUGGACGAUCCACAUCACUCCGGAGCCAGAGUUCUCCUAUGUCAGCUUUGAAACCAACCUCUCUCAGACGUCCUACGAUGAUCUGGUCAGGAAAGUUGUGGACGUGUUUAAGCCAGGAAAAUUUGUGACGACGCUAUUUGUUAACCAGAGCUCCAAAUGUCGCAGUGUCUUUUCUUCCGCCCAGAAACUCGAGGGGUACAAGCGCCUCGACCGCCAGUUGGCCCAAUUCAACGAUUACAAUUUUGUCUUUACUAGUUACGCCAAGAGCCGCCAGCAGAACCAGCAAAGUUGAGGUUUAAGAAUGAAAAAGAAGCGUAAGAAGAAAGGCGGCUGCGUCGCGGGGCCCACCCCCUGCGGCUGCCUUUCUGUCCUAGCGGAGAGGCCCACUCCACUCUGCUGCCAUUGUUCACGAUUUCUUGGCAUCGAGGCCACAGGCCCUAAUAGUUUAAACUCUAGUUUGAAUUGUAUGCAUUGUUGUACCUAUAACUUAGCUCUCUUGCAUGAAAGUUAUUUUUUCUGUUUAGAUAGUCUAGUGCACUCUUGCUGUGAUCUUGAAGUGCAUGUAGAGGAAUUAAACAUGCUCUGUUUGAGGCUGUCCAGCCUGGCCCAGUGCAGCGGCCCCUUCCUGCAGGUCUCCCCCCUCAUUCCCCACAGACAGGGCUUUCGUGCCCACUAGUCCAGGGCCCUGACAUGCUCAGAUGGGUCUACCUCUAUGUGCUUACCGAUUUCUAUUUAAAAAAAAUGUUUAAGUUGAAAUGCAAUCUCACCUCCUUCACUGAUUUGCUGCUUAUUUGAUCUGUUGCAAAAGUGUCCUUUUUGUGAGUGCACUUUAAGAAGUUGUCAGCUCGAGCAGGACUCCUCAGUACCCAAACGUAAAACACCAACGUAUUAUUAUUAUUUUUGGGGGCAUAUUGAAUUUCAAGAUGCUUCUAAUCACUCAAAGAUCAACAUGUGAGCUUUGGGCCAUAAUGUUAUUUGUCAUGUUGCAUCAACCUAGUUAAUGAAUUCUUUAAAUCAAAAUGCCUUUGUCAGUGUUUCACUACCUGAGGAUUGGAGAGAGGCUGACUGCUGGGCAAUGUGAUCUAGUUCUUGGCUGUAAACUGCACCGGAGCUAAAAUAAUUAUUGCUAGAAUUGGGUCCCCCCCCCCCCCCCCUUGUUCAGUCAGCCAUGCUUCUCUCCACCUCGACAAUAAAUUUAGCUGUUGAAUGUGUCCACAAAUAGACAGGCUAAACUUUUUCCCAUGCAACAGUAUGCAUUAGUGAACAUUUAAAACAUCAAGUUUGGUAUUUCAUGGUAUGGGAUGUGUAAUACAUGUUUACAUUUACACCAAGGCUCCUACAUUUAUAAACUGGGUGGUUCGCGCACUCAAUGCUGAUUGGCUGAAAGCUGUGGUAUAUCAGACGGUAUACCACACCCCCUUGUGCCUUAUUGCUUAAGUAUAUUGCACCAACAGGAAGCGUCUGGUUCUUGGAAUUCUCAGUCGGUUUAAACACUUCAUUUAUCCAUUAAUAAUUGAAUACAUUAUUUUUAAAAAGUCCAAACUUGACGCUAGAUCAGUCAUGUAAGAACAAAGGCUGUGCCAACUGAAUGUUGAGGGGCAUGUUUAGAAUAGCGGAGCCUGUUGAGGGGCUUUAUCUGAAUGUAAAUGACUCAAGGAGACUCGAUAGUCACCUUGUCGCUGUGGUGUGGGCCAGAACAAUGCCCUCUGCAGUCCAGCAAGGUCAGCCAUUGUCUCUCGGUCCAGCAGGUCUCCCCAUAACACACAGUGAGACUCAGCUGGCCCCAGAACCAUGCUUGACAGUGGCACUCCUGGCUGCACCGUAUGGCCCUGAAUGGAAAUAAUGACUCAGACUCUGCUUAGUGCAGCGGUUGCCCAGCAAAGCAUUUAUUUUUAUAAACAAUGUACAUCCUCCCCCCCUAUACAGGAAUCGGUAAGCACACAAUGGAGGCCCACCAAUCUGAGCAUGCCAGGGUGAUCCCGGAUCAUUCCACACAACUGUUGCAUAAACCAUUUAAUUAAUUUUAUUGUGCGCAGACAUUUUGCAGUGAAUUGGUCCCAAAUGUGACUCCCCUGCAGUUUUUUUUUGGAGCACAAUCAAUACCCUUUGUUCAUUGAUGGGGGGAAAAUCCUGUGGUGCAUGUGACUACUAGUUCUGUAUUGCUUGACAGUGUAGUGUGCUGCGGCCUGUUCCUCCUGUGUAGAGUGAUGUGCAUCACCUUCCAGUUUCAUCAGCUCAUGUAGAUGGGACUGGAGCAUCCUGGUGUUUUAUUGAACGGGUGGGUGGGGAUUAAUGUUUAUCUACUUUGCCACCAUAGUGCUGAAGGCAGGCCUUAAUCUAUAUGGUUACUAUACAGAUAUUGAUGUUUAAAAUAUAUAUAUAUAUAUUUUUUAGGAUGUUGGAUUGUCUUCUCUGGCUGGUCAGUAAAAUUCAUGAUGCUUCCCCUGCCAGUGAAUGCAGAUUGAUUUGAAUUUGCUGACAAACCUGGGGUGGAUAGGGAACAUUUCUGCUGUUUUAAAAAAAUGUAUUUUAAGACUGCCGUUUCUGGCCUGCCUUUAGCACUUCUGAGCGUUGUAACCUGUGCUGCGUUGCCCCACUGUUAGGAACUGUAAGA